CUUGGUCGGAAGGUACUACUCGGGACUCGGGUGACUCACUGAAGACGAAGAGUUGAAAGAAGGGGACAAGGGAAGAACCAAUGCCUCGACCUCGACCUCGACCUCGACCAGGAACAGGAGAACACUCGCAGACUCACGAACGCACCCUAUUCUUCCCCUUACCGAUAAUCCUUUUUUGAAAAUUUCAUUAUUAUUAUUAUUAUUACUCUCUUACAACCUUCUUUUUACAAUCUCACUAUCCGGAGCGAACGAAUUACAGAUUUACAGUAGCCAGGUUAGGCCGUGAUUCCUGAUCGAUAUUUAUCUGAAUUUAGCAAGAACUGGAGAAGCUUGAUCGCUAUCGAUCCCCCCGGGGCCCAGUAAAGGGGAGAAAAGCGGAAAGGGAUCUCUCUCGAAGGUCAGAAACCCUCGCCGUUCUCUCUGAUAAUUCCAAUUUGUCUUCCUGUUUUCUAUUCAUCAUUCAAUGGUUUACAUGUUUCAGUUGAUGGCGUACAUUUGCUGAGUAGAACAUGUCCCAGUACCAGGGGGACGAUAUUGACUACAUGGCUGAUGAUUAUGAAAUGGCGGAUGUUGAUGAUGACAUGGAUCAAGAGUUUCAUGGUAGAGGAAUGGGUGACUCAGAGUCGGAUGAUGAUGAAUAUGAGCACUUGAACAACAAGAUAACAGAUACUUCAUCUGCACAAGCUAGGAGAGGAAAAGAUAUCCAAGGAAUCCCUUGGGAUAGGCUAAACAUUACCAGAGAUAGGUAUAGAAAGACCAGAUUAGAACAGUACAAGAACUAUGAGAACAUUCCUCAAUCUGGAGAGGGUUCUGGAAAGGAAUGCAAACAUACAAUGAAAGGAGGCAUGUAUUAUGAAUUCCAGUGUAAUACAAGGUCUGUGAAGUCAACAAUCCUUCAUUUCCAGCUCAGGAAUUUGGUUUGGGCUACGUCAAAGCAUGAUGUCUACCUCAUGUCACACUACUCCAUUAUUCAUUGGUCUUCACUAACUUGUACCAAAUCUGAAAUUCUCAAUCUUUCUGGACAUGUCGCACCAUGUGAGAAACAUCCUGGGAGUCUCCUUGAGGGAUUUACUCAGACCCAAGUUAGUACAUUGGCAGUAAAGGAUAAGUUGUUAGUUGCUGGAGGUUUUCAGGGAGAGCUUAUUUGCAAGUAUUUAGAUCGACCUGGAGUUAGCUUCUGUUCAAGAACAACAUAUGAUGAUAAUGCAAUCACAAAUGCUGUUGAGAUAUAUGACAGUUCGAGCGGUGCUAUUCACUUCAUGGCUUCAAAUAACGAUUGUGGAGUUAGAGACUUUGAUAUGGAGAAAUUUCAGCUUUCUAAGCACUUCCCUUUCCCAUGGCCUGUUAAUCAUACAUCUCUGAGUCCUGACGGUAAGCUUCUUGUUGUUGUUGGGGACAACCCUGAUGGAAUGCUAGUGGAUUCCCAAACUGGGAAGAUAGUCAUGCCUCUUUGUGGACACUUGGAUUUCUCAUUUGCUUCAGCUUGGCACCCUGAUGGCCGUACGUUUGCUACUGGAAACCAGGACAAGACCUGCCGGAUUUGGGAUGCCCGCAACCUCUCGAAGUCGGUGGCUGUCCUCAAGGGCAACCUUGGAGCCAUCCGAUCAAUCCGUUUCACUACUGAUGGUCAAUUCAUGGCAAUGGCAGAACCUGCAGACUUUGUGCACGUCUUUGAUGUGAAGAAUGGGUAUGAGAAGGAGCAGGAGAUUGAUUUCUUUGGUGAAAUCUCUGGUUUAUCAUUCAGUCCUGACACAGAGUCCCUCUUCAUUGGCGUGUGGGACCGCACAUAUGGUAGCCUCCUUCAGUAUGGCCGGUGCAGGAAAUAUUCGUACCUCGACUCCCUUGUCUGAGUUACUAGGUGUAUGGCUUUGAGGCUUGAUAAGUUCAUACAUCACAAUUAAGGAGGACAAAAUGGCGAAGUCAAAAAAGGAUAGUGUAGAAUUUGGUUUCAUUCUCAAUAAUGGGGAGUAUUUAUCUCCUUUUCCUUCUUUUUUGUUUUUUUGGUUUUUUUUUUUUU